AAAAAAUAGUAGAGCUUCUUCUACUUUGUCGUUCGCUUCUCAAAAAAUAAAAAAUACGCCGUCAAAACGCCAUUUCUAACUCAGUUCUCAGCUCACAUUCAAAAUCAGUAUAAAGCCAUGGGUUUCGGAGCCCUAAGAUCCAUGAUCCGACCCGUAUCCAGAAUCCUCAUACCCGCCUCUCAUUUCUCUCCAGCAGCAAAAACCUUCUCAACCACCUCUCGGCCGGAGCUCCGCCACCUCUUCGCCCCACUCCGCCGCAAUCCGCCAUGGUUUCCUCCCUGCAGCGCCUUCCAUAGCCUUACGGACACUAGGCUCCCGAAACGUAGACCCAGCGACAGGUCCCGCCGCAAAAGAGCCAGCUUAAAACCCCCAGGUCCAUAUGCGUGGGUAAAAUGUACACCUGGGGAACCUAUAGCUGCUAACCAACCAAACGAGGGAAGUGUGAAGAGAAGGAAUGAGAAGAAGAGGAUUAAACAGCAUCGCGCAUUUAUAAUGUCUGAGAAAAGGAAGCGCAAAGCCCAGUUGCAAGAGGCGAAAAGAAAAAAGAUAAUGAAAAGGGUGGAGCGCAAAAUGGCUGCAGUUGCAAGAGAGAGAGCCUGGCAAGAACGUCUCGUCGAGCUGAAACGGAUUGAAGAGGAGAAGAAGAACGCAACUAUGGCUUGAUUUAUCUGUUUGUCCCCUUUUCGAUUCUACUCAAAUAACCUGCAUUUUUCGUUUUGUUUUUCGAACUGUUUUUUUUUCUAAUUGGGCUUCUCUUAAAAGAUUUCGUUUCUUCAAUUUUCCCCAGGCCCAUACUGUUAGAUCUUUUGGAUUAUUCAAAUCAAGGUUGCAAUUUUUCAGACAGUCAAAUAAGAAAACAGUACAUUCUUCUUGCAAACUAA